UCCUUCGACGGCCGCUCCGCCUGCCUCGCCUGUCGGGCGCGGGAGCGGCGCCGAGGCCCCCUCGCGAGCACCGGUCUUCCCCGGGCGCCCGAGCCUCCGUUGCCAUGAGCGCGCGCUCUCGGCGCCCAGGGCAGCAGCAAAAGAGGUCCCGCGGGCGGAGCCCCGCCGCCGCGACCCACUUCUGCGCUUUCGGGCGCGGUGCCUCUGCCGGGCGCGCGCGCGCUCGUUCGCUCGCUCGCUCCCCGGCUCUUUUCCUCACCUGCUGCUCCCAGUCCGGAGAACCGGAGCUGCUGCUACCGCGGCAAAAAUUUGUAUCUGGAGCCCUAAAGUGAUGUGAAGUAAGCUGGUGAUCAAGAUGACUCUUCUCCCGGGAGAAAAUUCAGACUAUGACUACAGUGCCCUAAGCUGUGCUUCAGAUGCCUCCUUCAACCACCCUUUCUUUGCUGAAAGAGAAACUCUGAAAGGGGUCUUCUACCAAAGAGCCAAACGUCUUCACCCCGGCAAAGAACUCUAUGAAAAUGUUCACCCAGAAGAGCGGAAGCACCAUAUCAUCAUUAACGUCGGUGGCUUUAAAUACCUGCUUCCCUGGACCACUCUUGAUGAAUUCCCCAUGACUCGCUUGGGACAGCUAAAAUUUUGCAACAAUUUUGACGACAUCCUCAACAUUUGUGAUGAUUAUGAUGUGACUUGCAAUGAGUUCUUCUUUGAUCGCAACCCAGGAGCAUUUAGGACCAUCUUGACUUUUCUGCGGGCAGGGAAGCUACGGCUCUUGAGGGAGAUGUGUGCCCUUUCCUUCCAAGAAGAGCUGCUUUACUGGGGCAUUGAGGAGGACAGCCUAGAGUGGUGCUGCAAGAGAAGAUACCUCCAGAAGAUGGAGGAAUUUGCAGAAAUGAAUGAAGCAGAGGAUGAGUUUGUUGACUCUGAAAACCCGUCUGAAGCAGCAGCAGAGGCAAAAGCCAGCCUGUGCAUGAAAAAGUUACAGGACAUGGUGGAGAAGCCUCAGUCAGGGAUCCCUGGGAAAGUGUUUGCCUGUUUAUCAGUCCUCUUUGUGACUGUCACAGCAGUUAAUCUGUCUAUCAGCACCAUGCCUGGGUUACGAGAAGAAGAGGAACGAGGCGAGUGCUCUCAGAUGUGCUACAACAUUUUCAUUGUGGAAUCGGUCUGUGUUGGAUGGUUUUCCUUGGAGUUCCUCUUGAGGUUCAUCCAGGCACCAAGCAAAUUUGUAUUUCUGCGGCACCCCCUGACAUUAAUUGAUAUAGUUGCCAUCCUGCCCUAUUAUAUCACUUUACUACUAGACAGUGCUUCAGUGAGCAGUAACAAAAAGCCAAGCUCUGGCAACAUCUACCUGGACAAGGUAGGCCUGGUGCUCCGUAUACUCCGUGCCUUGAGGAUUCUCUACGUCAUGCGGCUCGCCAGGCAUUCGCUAGGUCUGCAGACACUGGGACUCACUGCUCGUAGGUGCACACGUGAAUUUGGGCUGUUGCUGCUGUUCCUUUGCGUAGCCAUUGCACUUUUUGCGCCCCUCCUGUAUGUGAUUGAAAAUGAGAUGGCAGACUCUCAAGAGUUCACCAGUAUCCCUGCUUGCUAUUGGUGGGCAGUCAUCACUAUGACAACAGUGGGCUACGGUGACAUGGUACCCAGAAGCAUACCAGGCCAGGUGGUGGCUCUGAGCAGCAUCUUGAGUGGCAUCCUUCUCAUGGCCUUUCCUGUCACUUCCAUCUUCCACACAUUCUCCCGUUCAUACCUUGAGCUAAAGCAAGAGCAAGAGAGAAUUAUGUACAGGAGGGCACAGUUCUUAAUGAAAACCAAGUCUCAGUUAAGCAACGCCUCACAAGGGAGUGACAUGUUUCCGAUUAUCUCUUCAGAGACCAGAGACAAUGUCUGAUACGGAAGUUUCCACAUCUGCCUGUUGCUGAGCAAACAGGAAUGGAUUUCCUCUUGGCAUUUGCGCCUGGAGGCACUUGGGAAACAUAUUGUACAAAUAACAUGCAAAGGGCUUUUAGCCAUGAUGACAGUGGGAACUUAAUCAUUAUGCAUAUUCACACUAUUAUUAGGAGUUGAAAUAAGAUUAUUGCUUUUGGGUAGACUCCACAAAGAGGGAGAGACUCUUUCAUAAGAUCACAAAGCCAUUUUAAAAGGAAAAAGAAAAUAAGUAUUGUUGGCCAGAAGGAGAAGAGUGAAAAAUUACAUGCAGGCUACAAAUAUUCAAUUUGUAAUAUAAAGAAAUGAGCCAUUUCCUUAGAAAACGACGGUGAAUGUAAGAGUUUGGCCAUUUGGUUAAUUGAGUUUUGUUGUUCAUUUCUGUUAAGAUGUGUGAACUUUAACCUUUCAGAGAUCCAAAUGAAUUCUUGGGUGUAUAAGUGUCAUUUGUAAUGGAGUGAACAGUUUGUGCUGCACUCACAGAGAAGAUAAAUUCUGUUUUAAAAAAAAUAAAAUGUUGGUGUUUGCUCCAGAGUGCAGAGAAAUCUCUCCAGCUCACUCUCUCUUUCAGUUGCUGACAUCCUUAGCUUCAAAUGCAGAACACAUUAAACAGAUACAGAUCAUCCAAAUCAUUUUACUGAGUUUCUCUUUUUCAGGCAUAAUUUAAAUAACAGCAGAAAACUUUGUUUCUAAGCAGCCACCUGAUUAGGUAUUUACUUGCUCAUUGUUGACAACCUGUUUUUUUCUUCUGAUGACUCCUGUCUUUCCUCCAAGGUAUUUCAUGGAGAUUUCAUAUAACCAGUUCUAUCAUGUUUGCCACUGAAGCUUAGUUUUCUGUUUGCACAAUUUCCCCUUGGAUGGGUUGGAACUAGGGCCCUUUAAAGGCAAAACCAUUCAGUGCCCUUCAUGCUCAUCAGCCUGUGAAUGAGUACAGAGUUCUCAUUCACUGUCUCUUGGAUACUGACUAGCAGGAGUAGCUAGAAAUGGUUUCCUCCUGUUCCCCCUGGCGUUCAUAGUAAAAGAAAAGUAGGAAUUUGCAAAACAAGCAAGUGUGCACUGAAAUAUUAUACUUUCUCAGCCAUUGUCUCAUGGUUGUUGGGUUUUUUAAAAAACAUUGGGUAGAAGAAAAUAUUAUGUCUAGCUCAGUUGCCAGACGUGUUAGGUUGUCACUGAUAACUCAUUUAGAGGAGCAAAAAUUAUCUCAAUAAUUUCUAGAAGCAUUUCAUAUACAUACAUACAGACACACACAUACAUAUAUAGGAUGAUUCCUUUGCAACUCAGUAGGUCUCCUAUGAAUAAGACGUAAUGCCUUCUGCUAUCUGCUUCAUCUUCUCCUAGUAUGAAAACUUUCAUAAUAAAACACAUAUAGAACACUGAAAAGCAAUUAAGCAUCUUUCCCAGGUAACGUGCUUUUUCAUUUGGGAGUAAUGCACACCAGCAUAAAGUGGGUUUGUUUUUCAGUAAUCUGAGAUGGCAUCAUUUUUGGCCUGAAUUAAACUAUGUGCUUGAUGAACCUGUAGCAUGACUUGGCCACAAGCAAAAGACUAUUCCCCCUCCCCCCAAUAAAGCUGGCUAUGGCUCCAGUUAGAAAAUCCACAUGACUUCAUCACAUGUGCCUUUGCAAUACAGACUUGCAUUCAAUAAACUAUUUCUGCUCAGAUAGCAUAGUGAUGCCCUAGGGCUGGGUUUAUGCAUGAUGCAUAAAGUAAUAAUAUUGUGGCUUAAUGUGGUAUAUGGAGCCAGUCAUUUUGGUUUAUAAACCAUAGUUUAUGCUUUGGUGUUAUAUGUGAACACAGCCAUCAUUACUUAUUUAACAAAUUAUUAUUAAAAACAAACCAUGGCACAAUGGUCUUGUACACAUUUGUCAACCUAGGCAGAUAACAAUUACUGCCCAGAUUGACAAAGAUCUAAAAUGUUGCCAUAUUUUAAAUCAGCAACUUUAGUACUGAAGAUGUUGCACUAUCAUGGAUGGAUAAUAAACUGUGUUUUGGCAAAGAUGGGAACUUUACGAGAGAUUCUGUAGUGAGAAGAACAAUAAGAUCAGACAGACCUCUCCUCUGAAAUAACAUUGGUCUUCUAUGAUUGAUCUCUUACAAUGUACAAUUCCAAAAAAAUUCCUGUUUCUUAAUGCUUUGUAAAUUCAAAGACCAUUAAUAAAAUCCCUAAUAACAGCUUAUUAACCAUCCAUCCAAUUUUUAUAUCCCUUGUUUCUUCUUAAAACUGUUCUAUAAUUCACAUUUAUUUUUGUAUACAACUUUCCCUAAACAUAUGUAUUUUAUAUGUCUCUCUCUCUCUAAAAUACAUAUAUAGACGUAAGCGUAUUUGUUUUUGAAUGCACUGACAAACUGUAGCACAGUAUAUGAAAGAAAGGUGAUUUGAAUUCAGGAAUUUAGGAGAAAAGUAAAUAUUAAUUUAGAAAAUAUAUAUUCUCUUUGCUAAAAGUGCAGUCCAGACAAAACUCUUCACAUUUCCCAGAUGAACUUGAUUUCUUUUGUGGAAAGAAAGUGCUGGUUUAUAUUAUGGUUUAUAUUAUUUGUCAAUUAGGUGGGGCAAAUAAUAGAACUCUUUACAAUGGUUUUAGUUCCGUGGUAUUUAUAUGGAAGAUCAAGCCCUCAAAUGGAGAUGCAUGCAAAUCUGAAAGAUGAGGAACUAGAUACCACGAUGAUACAUAUGAAUAUACAAUACUAAUUUACAAUGCAUAUGAGAACCUGGUGAGUUGGUUUAUUUACAACAGCAAGAAAUUGUCAUAUUCUGUUGUAUUUCAGAUGCACACCAUGCAGGCCUGUCAUCUGCCUAUUUAUUCCAAAUUAGCUCUUUGGGGCUUUCUUCCUAGCAGGUAAACAUAGAAUCACAAAUUUAAUUAGACAAAAGUUGGAAUCCAGAAUGAACUGGGAUUAGGGCACAUUUUGCACAAUGCUGGAUACCAUUUUAAUCUGCCAAAUAAGCAGACUUCUCCUGCUCUUUAGGGCAAGAGUCUGGACUAGAACUGUGGAAGUUGGAAUAAAAUGGGGAAAGAACUUCAGCGGAAGGAAUGUACCCAGGACCUUGGCAGCUGGGGCAUUCUAAUGAGUUCAUAAUUUAUCUUGCAUGAUGCUGUUUAGCAGGAGGUUACCAUCUCCACUCUGCUAUCUCAACAGAUGGAGCACCAGUAGCAGUAGCUACAAAUAAGGCUACAGUCCUGCUCAUGUUAACUUGGUGUUAAGUCUUCUUGAAUAGAGUACAGGUAGUCCUUGACUUAUGCCCACAAUUGGGACCAGAAUGCGGUCAUUAAGUGAGUCGUG